AUGGAUCCAUUAUUGCUUGACUAUGCCCGUCUCCAUGGAAUUGCUAGUGAUUAUACUGCAGUUGAUCUACACGCACUCAUCGAUGACACCCUCAAAUAUGGCCCUAAAGGCGAACCGCCGCUUCAGCACACCGAGUUAAAAUGUCAUAAUCGCCUGAACACUGCUCGUACGCUGCUCGAAAGCAAUAUCCGGAGGGAGAAGCUCUGUCUCUCUAAAGAAGGAGCUCGUUUCCUAACCGCACUUAUCCGCGACAAUCAGGCACAAAGUUUAGUUAUCAACUGGGAUGACCUUUUACCAAACUUCCAUCGCGUUGAUGAUACCAAAAUUGAUCCGCCUAUUUUCUCCCUAGAGAGUGAAAGCGAUGUCAGGUUAUCGAAAAAGCCAUUGUGGUACUCCGCUCAUGACAUUGAGUUGGAACUGUUCAAUACGUCCCAAGAACUAGCCAACGCUCCGAAUCCUCUUGCAAGUCUGCAAAUGAAUAAGAAUUCGUUGAUGGAUAAGGUCAAGAGGGACAAGCUAAAGUGCUCAAAAGAAUCGUUCUCGCUCAUACAGAGUGUUAGAGACGAUUCUGGACCGUCUGUCCUAGAAUUUGAAGAUGUCCUAGGAAGUAUCUUGGAGGAGAUUCAUACUAAGUCAACAACCCCCAUUCUCCGUCCAUUAAGCGCUGAUUGCCUCACUUCAAGCCCAACGCCUAUGUUCGACGAACACAUGCUACCAACCCCAGUUUCUCUAGCUUCGAAUGGGCUAGAAGUACUUCGUCAUCAUUCUGCACCUUCUGGGUUAGAAUGCGAGUAUAUAAUUAACAAAACCCGAUACUCUUUAGUACCGAAUAGAGAGAGCCAAUGUGACAGCAUUGGAUUAAGUGAAGAAGAUGACUCAACUCAUGAUACCCCCAAGAUAGAUAUCGAAUAUUCCUCCAAAACAGGAUUUUCAAGCUUGGGGGCAUAUAAUGAAGAAAAUAAUUCAAUGGUUAUCGCAACACUUGAACCAAGCAGCUCUUCAUUGACUAAAUCCAACCCUUCAGAUGAACACGAUACCUGCAACUCAAACACAAGGUUGAACAACAGGACCUCUGCGACGACAUCUGUCAAAGUGCCGUUCUCAGAAUACAUGAAGGAGACUGAGGGAAGAAGGGAUGUAAAGUUACAGCAUACACAGCUGUACUUGGGGACGAGCUCGGGGAACGAGCUUUCCAGAGAAGAACCGGAAAGCCUCUCCAGGCAUGUGGCAUUUACCGUGACAAAACGGCCCCAGGAAGUUAGAGCAGGCCCACAGAACCAAUAUACAUUAGAACUGCAUGGAGUCCAUGACACCAAAACACCUGUUCUGCAAUCACGACGCGUAACUCUGGGCUCCUUAUCAUCGUAUAUGGAGACAAGGGGAAGGGGCAACAAAAGGCAGAUACCUGCGAAAAGUCCUUACUUUCUUGGUGAGGCAUCUCGAGGCCCUGAACAACAAAAUAAUUACCUUGAUCCUAGUUUCAAAGAACGGCAGCAGCAAAAUGUUGCUGCUUCCAGUUCUCUGCGAACGCCUCCGAUUCCUACCCUUCAGGCACCCCGGUAUCCCACUCAGCAUGAUGGUCUAGCUCUCUUUAUAUCAACUAGGCUGCUGAAAACUCACCUGCAACUUAUACAAUGUCUUGAGGGAUCGGAUCACCCUCCACAUUUCAUUUACCGAGACUAUGAGAAUGGCUCAUCAAGAUGUCAGCCCAAACAACGACCAAAAGACUCAUCCUCCCAACAUUUCCAGACAGUAUCAAUCCAUUCACCAGAUGAAGCAGAUAUAAUACUGUCACCCAGGACUGGAAUUAUCCUAACAACUUCACAAGCAACCAUGCAACUAUACCUUCCCGGGCACAAAUCCACCUCCAUCCAGCCCAAUAUUUCCCAAAUCAAAGCCGUAAACUCCCCACUCCGUGAGUCCAUUUAUCGACUCUCCACAAGAUAUCAGCAGUUAUACGUAUUUAUAUCGCACAGCACCGAACAAUCACAACGCUCCAAACCUCGAGUUUCAAACCCCCAGCUCUCAGCAAAUAAAAGCCUCCUUGACUCCCUAACAUCCUUAUCUGCAUUCUGUACCUCAUUGUCCGAGUACUCGUCCAUAACUCCGCUUAUGAUACCCUCUGUCCCAGAGUCAGCCGCUUCAUGGAUCUUGGCCCUUGCCCAUAAGCAUAUUUGUCAACUUCCACCUCAGCGGCCCAAUUCACUCUCUCAGUACACGAUUGCGUUUACGCCCGUAAACCCGAAGCCACAGCUCGGGGCUUUGCUGGAAAAUCCGGGAGAGAGUGUUUGGGAGCUUUUCCUUCGGCGGAUGGGACUGAAUCCAUAUGCUGCACAUGUUGUGCUUGCUGUUCUGAGGAGGGACGGCGAGUAUGUGGCCAAUGGCAGUGGAUUUCAUGAGUCGAGGGUCCAGCAAACGGGUGUUGGAUAUCUCUCUAGAUUUGUAGAGAUGACACCGGAAGGCCGAAAAGCACUAUUCGGGGGUUUACUCGGGGAGAGAGUUCUGAAGCGAGUUGAUUCACUUGUUGAGAGGGACUGGCAGUGCGAUUGGGCCCUAAACUUCGACGAUGGGAUUGAAUAA